AUGGCUGCCUCUUUGUCGAAUCGCUCCAUCCAACACCUGACGGUACAUGGGAUGCGACGGUAUUGCAUGCAUGCUUGCUAUAACUUAGCAUGCACCCGCCGACGGACAGUCUGGCGGACUCUGCGCAACCACACGUCUUGCAGCAGUAGCCUCACGUGCUACCGCCCAGCCAGCAUUAGUUCCACCGCCAGAGCCCACACUGUUGAAUCAACUUGGUUGCUGAGCAUCAAAUCUGCCGUACUGCGUCCAUCUGUCUGUCCAUUUGAAAUGUAUCCAUGUUUGGUAUCCAACCAUGUACGUACAUGGGUAGAUAUAUACAUACCUACAUACAUACAUAUUUGCUGCCGUCAUGCAUGAGUGCAUGCAUGCAUACAUACAUACAUACAUACAUAGCUAUGCGUGCUGAUGGUGAUUAUGAGUAUAACGAGUAUGACGAUGAAGAUGAAGCCCGACUCUCUUUCGUGGAUAGGUAGAUUAGCUCGACAUGACGGCAUGUCCAAACGAGUUUCGCGACUGUCGCUGCUGCUGUCAGCAUCGGGGAGCAGUCAUGCCGCGCCGUACAGCAGCGGCGCACGCACGUUGAACGCGGCUAUUAAUGGCCUGUGGCACCC